AUGGAAGGCAAGAACCUUGACCUCGCUAACAAGAAUAGUGGUGCUCUUCGUGUUGCUGUGAAAUACAAUCCCAUUCGUGAAGAUCCAAAUCACCCAAGCAAAGUUUGGUGCAGGAGAACAGAUGACCUCGUUGAUGACCCUAAUGACACCCACAUGAUUGUUACUGUUCUUGACAUAUGCGAAGAUAGACUCGAAGAUCUCUUUAAUGGUCGGCCGUUUGACAUGCUUGAUGCUGCCCUCACAGACACCGUUAAAAAGUUCCCACUAGACAUUCAACCGUUCAGAGAUAUGAUUGAGGGAAUGAGGAUGGACACCAAGAAAGUUCGCUAUGAAAAUUAUCAAGAACUUUACCUAUAUUGCUACUAUGUUGAUGGUACAGUUGCUCUGAUGACUGUUCCUGUCAUGGGUAUCUCCCCUGAAUCAUCAUCACAUGCAUCAAGCGUCUAUAAUUAUGCUCUCAGUCUUGGCAUCGAAAAUCAACUCAUGAAUAUCCUUAGAGAUGUAGGAGAAUAG